AAGGGAAGGUUGAAGGUUUGGCUGAAUGGACCUGGUUCUGUCCCGGUUCUAUCAGACCAGAGUUGAAUUUGUCAGAAAAUCCGAACCUUAAGGGGUCCAGAACUAGACCCUCCCUCAGAGUUCGGGUUCCGGAGCCCACGGGCCGCUCGGUACCUGUUGUUGGGUGAGGAGGAGCGUGUUCGGGUGGCCCGGCCGGCUGCGUGGGGCGGGGUCUCAGUCAGACCUGUUGUCCCUCCUGGACUCUGCUGGUUCUCUGGAUCCACCGAACUUCUCUCUGGAUAUUUGGACCCUGAAAGACCCAGAACCAGACCUCUUCGUCCAGGUAAAGAGGAGCUGCCAUGUUGGCCUCCUCCAUCUCCUCAUCAGUCCUCCUCCUCCUCCUCCUCCUCCCUCCCUCCCACUCUGCAGACGACUCCGUCCAGCGGGUCCAGCUGGAUGGCUCCCCCCUCUCUCACCUGCUGCUGGACCCGGGGGCGGGGCGUCUGUAUGUGGGCGGAGUCGACCACCUGUAUCAGCUGACGCCUGACCUGGAGGUGGUGUCGGAGGUUAGGACCGGCCCUGAGCUGGACUCCCCGGACUGCCUCCCCCCGAUCAAUCAUCACGACUGCUCCUCAGCCACGCCCACUCAUAACCACAACAAGCUGCUGCUAAUGGAGCCGGGGCAGGGGGCGGAGCCAGGGAGCCUGAUCGUCUGUGGCUCCCUGUUCCAGGGGAUCUGUGAGAAGCGGAGUCUGUCCAACGUCUCUCAGCUCAUCUACCGGACCUCCAACCCCGUCGACACUCAGUACGUGGCGGCCAAUGACCCCCGAGUCUCUACGGUCGGCGUGGUGAUAACCGUCCAGAACAAACAGGAAGGGGCUGCGGCCGGCGGCGAGCUGCAUCUCAUGCUUGUCGGUAGAGGCUACACCAGCAGGGGUCCCGGGGACAUCCCACCAAUCACCACCCGCCGCCUGCACCCGGUGACUCCGCCCCGCAGAGCCUUCUCCCAGGAGGAGGAGCUUGGAAAACUGGUGGUGGGAAGUUACUCCGAGUACAGCAACCACUUUGUGAAGGCGAUCGUCCACGACGAUCACGUCUACUUCUUGUUCUCCCGACGGGACAUGCGACAUAAGAAGGAGUACCGCACGUACGCCUCGCGGCUCUGCACCUCCGACCGCAGCUUCUACUCCUACGUGGAGGUGCCGCUGCUCUGCCGCGAGGGAUACAACCUGGCCCAGGGGGCGUGGCUCGGAAACGUCUCUGGUAGACCAGCGCUGUUUGUUGCCAUGGCAGCAGGGCAGGCGUCCACGCCUGUAGCGACGAGCCGCUCUGCGCUCUGUAUCUAUGGGAUGACGGAGCUGGACGCCAUGAUGCGGCGAGCGCAGGAAGUGUGUUACACGAAGGAGGGGCGAGACGACGGAGGGCAUGAAGUGGCGUACAUCGAGUACUACGUGUCGUCGAAGUGUCUGAAGCUGCCGAAGGACUCUCUGUCUGAGUACCCCUGUGGGGGGGAACACACCCCCAACCCCAUCGCCAGCGCCGUGCCCCUUGGAGUUCCGCCCACCGUCACCCUGGAGACCCAGCUGACUUCUGUUACCACAGCAACGGAGGCUGGACUCACCAUCGCCUUCCUCGGAGAUCGAGAGGGACGUCUGCACAAGGUGUUGGUGCGCUCUGAUUGGUCUGGUGAACUCUACGGCAGCCUGUUGGUGGACGAGGGCGGAGCCAUAGGUGCUGACCUCCUAUUGGACGAGAGCCAGCAGCAUCUUUAUGUUUUGACCGAGGAGCGGGUGUCAAAGGUUCCCGUUUCGUCCUGUGAGAGACAGACGGACUGCCAGUCCUGUCUGUCCAUCAGAGACCCUUACUGUGGCUGGUGUGUCCUGGAGGGAAGGUGUUCCCGUAAACAUGAGUGUGAGCGUCACCUGCUGGCCAACCAUUGGCUUUGGAGCUUUGAACAGACCAAUCAGUGCGUCACAGUGCAGAGCCUGCAGCCGGCCAAUCAGAGCAGAGAGGAGCAGACUCAGGUAACGCUGUCCGUCAUCCAGCUGCCUGAACUCCGGGGGGAGGAGUCUCUCUCCUGUGUCUUUGGGAAUCUCCCCCCUCACCCAGCCGUCGUCAUGGGAACAACUCUUACCUGUCAGUCACCUGCACAGAAGCUCCUCCCACCAUUGCCAGCAGGAAGUGAUCACAGGAUCCUACCCGUGUCUCUGAUGUUCGGUCACGUGACCAUCACCACGGGAAACAUGACCUUCUACGAUUGUGGAGCCGUAAGCCGACUGAACCAGAGUUCUCAGUGUCUAGCCUGUGUCAGCUCCUCCUGGAGCUGUAACUGGUGUCCUCUGGAUCAGCUGUGCACUCACACCUAUAGCUGCCCCAGCAAGAACCUGAUCCAGAACCAGAAGGACUCUCCUGGUCCCAGCUCCUGCCCUCUGGUCUUCUCACUUAGAACUUCUGCUCUAGUGCCAAUGGGCUUUAACACCACUGUUGUGUUGGAGGGUCGGAACCUAGAUGUCUUCAUGGACGAAGCUCCGUAUGUGUGUGUUGUUGAAGUUGAGGACGUGCAGUUUAACCUGACAGCUGCUGUGCAGAAAACAGAGGACGGCACCAACAUCUUCACCUGCAGCUCCCAGCAGUUUCAGUUUGGCCUCAGUCAGCUGCAGUACUCUGCUGCCAUCUACCUGCGCAGAGGACAGAGACGCAUCGACGCAUCACCUGGACUCAGACUCCAUCUGUACGACUGCUCAGCCGGCCAAUCAGAUUGCUCGCAGUGCAAGGCAGUGCCUAAGGAAUACGGCUGUGUUUGGUGUCCAGGAAGUCCCGCCCCAUGCUGUGUGUACAGCCAAUCAUGCUCUAGCUCACCCUCAGACACCUGUCCCUCUCCUCAGAUCACACAGGUGUUCCCUGUGUCCGGGCCUUUGGAGGGUGGAAUCCUGGUGACAAUCACAGGGUCCAACCUGGGCACCCGGUAUCAGGAUGUGUUGGGCGGAGUUAAGGUGGCAGACAUCCCGUGUUUGGCACAACCCGGAGGAUACCGGAUCUCCACCAGGGUUGUGUGUGAGCUGCAGCGCAGUGGGAAGAAUAGGGUCGGGCCUGUUCAGGUUACCGUGGGAACAACUUCACCCGGCCGGUCGGCGCAGAUGUUCACCUAUCAGGACCCUCAGCUCACCAGUCUGGUUCCAGAUAAAGGUCCAGUUUCUGGAGGAACCAAGCUGACCAUCAAGGGACGACAGCUGAUGACAGGACAGAAGUCAGACCUGACCGCUUUUCUGGGUCAACAGCCUUGUUACAUUUUGAAUGAGGUGACUGAUUCCCAUUUUGUGUGCAAGACCGGUUCCAGUAAUCAGACUGGUGCAGUUCCAGUUCAGGUUUUCUUCGGUAAGGCUGAGCGGACUGGUCCCGACCUUACCUUCCGUUACCUGGACGACCCGGUCAUUACCAAGGCUACACCUGCAGAGAGCUUCUAUGCAGGGGGGCGUGUCAUUAAGGUGACAGGCAGGAACCUGGACGUGGUGCAGGAACCAGCCAUAUCAGUGUGGGUGGAGCCUCUGGAGGUUCAGAGGGUUAAGCGAAGAAGACGAUUUGCUCUCUUGACCGCCAAGCAGCAACUGGUUUUUAAUGGCACCAUGGCAACGGUGACUGAGCGCUGCUCGGUCCUGUCCUCCUCAGAGAUCACAUGCAGGACGCCGGCAGUGAGCCCAGAGUUCAGAGUGAAAGGGGUCUGGUUUCAGCUGGACAACGUCAGGGUCCACUUCAACAGCAUUGAGGGUAAGACAUUCAGAUAUCUUCCGAACCCUCAACUCUUCCCUCUGAACCGAGAGGCUCCGGAUGCUCCGUACCGCUUCAAACCUGGUGGAGUGAUCGCCGUAGAGGGUCAGGACCUGACCAAAGCUAUGACCAAGGAUGAAGUCCAGGCUCGCCUUGGAGAACAAGGCUGUGAGGUGAAAACUCUGGACAGGACUCACCUGUACUGCGAACCGCCUGAGACUCAGCCUCUGAGCGUGGACGGCAGCAACGAGCUUCCCAGUCUGAAGGUGUUUAUGGGGAACCUGAAGGUGGACCUGGGACUGGUUCAGUACGACAGUGACUCGUUACUAUCCCCCAUCCCAUUGGCUGCUCAAAUCGGUCUUGGCGCUGGAGCUGCUGUCAUCAUUCUGUCGGUGCUGGUUGUCAUUCUUAUGUACAGGAGGAAAAGUAAACAGGCACUCAGAGAUUAUAAGAAAGUUCUGCUGCAGCUGGAAACUCUGGAGAUCAAUGUGGGAGACCAAUGCCGUAAAGAGUUCACAGACCUCAUGACGGAAAUGAUGGAUCUUAGCAGUGAUGUGGGAGGACCUGGUCUCCCUCUGCUGGACUACAAGACGUAUGCAGAUAGGAUCUUUUUUCCUGGACAGCAGACGGCGCUGCUGAGCCACCAACUGGACCUGCCGGAGUCCAGAAGACAGACUGUAGAGCAGGGCCUUCAGCAGCUCAACAACCUGCUCAACAACAGACUCUUCCUUACCAGGUUCAUUCACACCCUGGAAGCCCAGCAGGGGUUCUCUCAGAGGGACCGCGGCUACGUGGCCAGUCUGCUCACCAUAGCUCUCCAUGAUAAGCUGGAGUACUUCACUGAAGUCAUGAAGACUUUGCUGCAGGACCUGGUGCAGCAGUAUGUGGCCAAAAAUCCCAAACUCAUGCUGCGCCGGACAGAGACAGUUGUUGAGAAGAUGUUGACCAACUGGAUGUCCAUCUGUCUCUAUUCCUUCCUGAAGGAGGUGGCAGGGGAGCCUCUCUACAUGCUCUAUAGAGCUAUAAAGUAUCAGGUGGACAAGGGGCCGGUGGAUGCUGUGACUGGAAAGGCCAAACGGACCCUUAAUGACAGCCACCUACUGCGGGAGGACAUCGAUUACUCUGCCAUGACUCUGAACGUCCUGGUGAAGAACGGAGUUGAGGUCCAGCCAUGUCCUGUUAAAGUACUUGAUACCGACACCAUCACACAGGUAAAAGAUAAAAUCCUGGAUCAGGUCUACAGAGGAGCUCCGUUCUCUCAGCGACCAGCAGCUGACAGUCUGGACCUGGAGUGGCGUUCUGGUCAGGCCGGCCACCUGACUCUUUCUGAUGAUGAUGUCACAGCAGUUGUUCAUGGUCGCUGGAAACGGCUCAACACGCUGCAGCACUACAAGGUUCCGGUUGGAGCCACAGUCGCUCUGAUCCCUCGAUUUCACAGUUCAGGAAUCAACCAGGUGUUUCAGACCGGAGAAAAGGCACCAAUGCUGGAGGGCGAGGAAGAGGAGGGUCUGCGUCUGUGGCACCUGGUGAAGAGCAGCGAAGAUCCAGAAAUGCCAAAGCACCGGAAGAGCAGCAUGAGGGAACGGGAGAGAGCCAAGGCCAUUCCUGAGAUCUAUCUGACCAGACUGCUGUCCAUGAAGGGGACACUGCAGAAGUUUGUGGACGACGUCUUUGUGGCCAUCCUUAGCACUAAGCGUCCUCCACCCAUUGCUGUCAGGUUUUUCUUUGAUUUUCUUGACGACAUGGCUGAGAAGCAUGCAAUAGACGAUCCAGAGACUGUCCACAUCUGGAAGACAAACAGUCUCCCUCUAAGGUUUUGGGUCAACAUUCUGAAGAACCCACAGUUUGUUCUGGAUGUCCAAGUAACUGACAGCAUCGACGCCGUGCUCUCUGUGAUCGCUCAGACCUUCAUCGACUCAUGCACCACCUCGGAACAUAAAGUGGGACGGGACUCUCCAGUCAACAAGCUGCUCUAUGCCAGAGAAAUACCUCGGUACAAACAACUGGUGGAGAGGUACUACAGUGAUAUCCACAGCGCCGCAUCAGGAUGCUAUCAGGAGAUGAACUCUACUCUGACUGAACUUUCCGGGAGCUUUGCCUCAGAGAUGAACAGCCUUGUUGCUCUUCAUGAACUUUACAAAUACAUCAACAAAUACUAUGACCAGAUCAUCAUGUCCCUGGAGGAAGACACCUCUGGUCAGAAGAUGCAGUUGGCCUAUCGGCUGCAGCAGGUCGCCGCCCUGGUGGAGAAUAAAGUCACCGACCUCUGACCUGUGAGUGCUGAUGAAGAGGAUGAGGAGACGGGGGCCAAAGCAGUGAAGCUGAUUGGACACCCCUGUCUGUCUUUGUGUGAGGGACAUCCAGUCUUUUUAUAAUGGGUCUUCCGGUUCCCCUGCACGGCAGCAGCUGCCAACUGACAUCCCGACUAACGACAAUCCAACCAACCAGAUCAGGGAACAUCGUCGUCACCUUCUGCCUUGCACUACGAUUCCCAGUGUUCUCUGUUGUCUGAGUAAAAAAAAAGCACAACUUAAGUAUUUUCUUCUGUAUCUAAAGUGAUGAUUGACCUGCUGUUUUAUAUGUUUUUCUACUGAAGCCAGCAGAUCGGACUCCAAACGGCGCAUCAUUCCCAGGCGCUUCUGGAAGUUUACUGAACGCAAUAACAGAAUCUGAAUCAGGGCGUUUUCACCAUGUUUCAGUGUGACUCCACUUUCCAACUGCUUGACGGCGUAUUGCUCAGAAAGCUCGGGACUCCUGACCCGAAACAACACAACCUCCAGUUUGUUCCAGUAGUGCAUCUAAUCCAGCAUAAAGUCUGAAACUAACACGUCUACUAACGAACUAGUGAUGUUGGUUUAGUUUAUAAUCCAGAUUAACACAGCUGGCACAACAGAACCAGACCCAAUCAAUUGGGUCCAUUUCCAACAUCACUGGAUCUUACAGGACAGGAAGAGAUGUGUUUUUUAGAUAAUGUGUGAGAAAGGAAACUCUGAUAUUCCCAUACUCCGCACUGCGUGUGUGGUUUCAGUUUGGUCAUGUGACCCGUACCAGGAAGUGGAGUCGCAGCUGGCGUGUUUCCAAAGCGUAGAGGCUCUGGAAUAAUCGAACCGAUCAGAAACGAGAAACAAUCAGAGAUCCGUGUGAGUAUUACUAACUUAUUGUUUGUACAGACUAUUUAUAUUUAUUUAUCCCAGCUGUGCCUUCGCUCUGCAGCUAGGGGGCAGCCUAAUAUGUCCCAGUGCAUGAUGGGAAGAUGAUUUGAACAGUUCAGGCCAACUCACCUGUGUCCUUCAGCAGGAAAUCAGCCCAGGUCUGGUUCUUACUGGUUUUCACUGGUUUGUCCGGGUUCUGUCAGAGUCCUCUGGACCCUGUUGGAUCCUGGAGGCCAUCAGAUCCUCCUGAGGAACCCUAACCCUGGACUCUUCUGUUGGGUCAUCAUGGAGGGGGGUCGAUAAACAGAACCAAUCAGAUGGAUUCUGAUGGAUUCCCGGUUAUAGAACUGGACCGGAGUUCUGAACUCGGUUUUCUUUUUCUGCUGCUGAUUAAAUUUCUUCUUCAACUUUUGAUGUUUGUGUUUUUUGGGCCUGUGUUCGACCCGUAGUCGUAGUUCUUUGCUCAAAGUAGCUUCUGCAUGAUGACGAUGAUGAUGAUGAUGAUGAUGGUGCUUCUUCUUUUUCUGAACCUUCAAUGUUUACUUUUUAAGAAAAGGGGCGGGGCUCUCAUGACCUAAUGAGUGCAUGAAAUAAUGCUGAGCUCUGAUUGGUGGAGCUGUUUUCUACUGAAUACAUUCAUGGGGGGGGUGGGGGUGUAUGGUUACAGUGAGCUUACUGUGUGUAAAUGUGCCUGUAAAUAUCUGUGAGGAAGACCAUGAUGAAGAUGAGUCCGUCUCAGAUUUAAAAUGUGCUUUUAUUGUGAAGGGCCACGGAUCAAACAGUUUGUAUCAUAAAAAUAAAGCUCUUAUUUUUAACCUUG